AUGAAAAUAGGCCGCCAUUCUGGCCUCCACGACCUGCGAAUGCGAAUUCAUGUGGCGCUGUUGGAGACUGAGAACGCGUCUGGCCUUGCGAUGAACCACCACCACAUCAACAUGGACCCCUCCAUGUACUAUUCGAAUAUGGGGGCGCUAGACAGCCUCUCUCGGAGUCUGUCAGCCUCGCAGGCGCGUCUCAGCGGCAACGACACCUCCAUGACUGGGAUGCUGGAAGAGGCAUUGCUAGAUGACUACGAUAAUAUGCCCGACCGGCUCGAUGUCAUUGGCCUCGGCGCCUCGGGGCAGAAGGGCUAUACACCGUUGAGUACGGGCAUGGAACAGAACAAUAACGAGACGGAUGAAACAGGAACGCUGGUCCAGAGUCCUCUGGAAAAUUCUUCGACGGGUGUGGGCGCUGGACCGCUGCCCACCGGCUUUGGAGCCCAGUCCACCCUGCCUGGAGGCAGUACGCUCACGGAGUUCACAAAGAGGAGGAAUUGGUCACAGAAGGUGGUGGAGGAGCUCAAAGACUUCUUGCAUAUCUUGACACCAGAUGGCCGAAUUGUAUACAUCUCGUCGAGUGGAACACAGUUGACCGGCUAUCAUCGCGAUGAACUAAUGAACAACUUCAUUGUGGACUUCAUACACCCGGAUGACAGUGGGAUCUUCGUACGAGAAUUCAAUGAGUCGAUAGCAAGCGGACACCCGCUUCGAUUCUUCUACCGUUUUCGAAAGAAGGACGAUACGUAUACUAUAUUCGAAUCCCACGGCCACCCGCAUCUUUCAUCCGAGGUUACAUCAUACCCUGGACAAGUCAACUCCUCGGGGUUUUGUAAAGGUUUCUUCAUGAUGGCAAGACCAUAUCCUACCAAGAAUGCAGCCUUACUCGACUCGUUUCUCGAGCACAAGAUCGAGAACGAGAGGCUGAGGAAACGAAUCGAAGAUCUGAAACGAGAAGAGCAGGAGGAGGCCGAGGCUUCGCAACAAAGCUGGCUGAAGAAGCAAGAGGGUAGAUCUACGGAAAACCAGUCCGAAGAGACCUAUGCGGACACUGGAGCUUCGGUCAGCACCUCCGUGAAUAAAGUAAAUCCAGAUGCCUUAGCCAUGCCACCGCCAGCAAAGCCAUCCCUCAACCCUGCCUUGACGCACCAAAAUCUUGAAAAUGCAAACCUGGGAAGCAGGCCGGAUUCAAUCACCGACAAGAUGGCUCGCUAUGAGGGCGCAACACACAUCGAAACCAUUGAGAUGCUCACAGGUUUGCGAUACCGAGAUGGCGAAAGGAGUCAAGGUAUCAGCACAGGUCACCAGAGCCCAGCUCUAAUCCGAGGCGACGCAGGAAUCGCCAUUCCAGUAGACAAGGACGGACGAGCAGCCGACAAGAAGAAGAAAAUCAAACUGCCAGAUGAGUAUGUCUGUACAGAUUGUGGAACCCUUGAUUCGCCCGAGUGGCGCAAAGGGCCCACCGGACCCAAGACACUUUGUAACGCAUGCGGACUCCGCUGGGCCAAGAAAGAGAAGAAAAGAGGCCCAAAUAGCAACGGCGGUGGCGGUAGCGGUGCCGGGUCCCAAAUCACGGGCACACCGACACCUCUCGGCCCCGAGAUGUAG